GUUUCUUUUAUCUUUUUCCCUUUUUUCAAUUAUAAUAAAUUUCAGUGUCUCUUGCCAGACAACCACAUACACAAUUGUUGGAGAGAGAUAGAGAUAUAGAUUGAGAGAGAGAGAAAGAGAGAGAGAGGAUAUUAAGGUACAUAUAUACAUAUAAAUACACUAGAUAUAUGUUCCAUAUAUAAUAAGAGGGGGGCCUCAAUAAGCUUUGCUAUUAUAUAUCAUAUUCAUCCUUGCAGUGUAUAUAUUAUUCCUUCUUCUCUUUAUAUUGUUCUUCUUCAUUACUCAAUAAACUUGUAAAAAAGUGUAGUAGCUAUAACUAAUUAGUAUAGUUAUUUUUAGUGAAAUGGAAACUUCUCAAUCUGUUUCCAUUGAAAGCUUUUCAUAUAGUUGGUUAGUUAACCUAAAAGUACCAUCUCUAGACAACUCUCUUAGGACAUCUCUUGAUGCAUCUGAGUAUCAUGAUCAUGCUUCUAACUCUUUCAUUGAGAUGGACCCAAGAAUGCCACCAUCAAAGAGAUUCUUUAGAAAUUAUUCUCAAGAUUUCAAAUUUGAUUUCCCAACAUCACCUUCUCCUUUAACUUUUGUUCAUGCUGAUGAGCUCAUCUCCAACGGUUAUCUCAUGCCACUUUUUCUUGAUGAUCAUCAUGACCCUUUGAAGACCACCUCAACCUCUAAUGAAAACAUGUCAUCAAUUCUCAACUCAUUGCAUUCUCAUAGUUCGAAUCAAGGUGUUGUUGCUCCACCUAAUAAUAUCAUCUCUUCUGAUUGUUCAUCAUUGAGAAGGUGUAGGAGAUUGGUUUCAAGGAGGAUAAUUCAAAAGUACUUGAGUUUUCUUAGGCCUUUGUAUCGAAGAAUUCGAGGUCAUAACAAGGGGAGUAGUAGUAGUGCUAAAGCAGCUGUGCAUGUUGAUAAUAAAAGGGGAAAGAACAGAGUUUAUUCUUCUGAGACUGCCUCUCCAAGAAUAAGUGUAGCUUAUUCUGUUUCUGAUAGAAAAUCUUGUGAUUCUGAUACCUCUAUUUAUGAGGCUGUUCUUCAUUGCAAAAGAUCAAUAGGGAACUGAUCAUAGAGAAGAAGAGGAAAGAUAAUAAGAAAGGAACAGUUUUGGAGAAUCACAUGGGAAGAAAAUGAGAGGUGACAAGAGAAGAUCAUCAUCAAUAAUAAUAUAUAUCUACUUGUUCUUUGUCACUAUUCUUUACAUUUUCUCUUUUGAUGAUAAUGUAAAUUUGUCUAUUAUUACUAAACUAUCUAAAAUGGCCUUAAUUAGGUAGCUAGGAAGAGAGGAAGAAAAUUAAAUAAAAUAAAUGGACAUACACUUAACAAGAUUUUUCCUUCAAUUUUUAAGGGAAAGAAAUUAUGAAAGCACCUAGCUACUUAAUGAUGAUUAUGAUGAUGAGAAUCUUCCUUGCUAAUAAUAAACUUGUAAAUUUUCCAUCUAGUGAAUGAUCAUGAUCAUUUUGUUCA